AUGCGGCUGCCUCAAAUUGCUCCUGCCCGCCUCGCGGAGCUCCUCUCCGGCGGCGGGUCCCUGCCCGUUCUCUCUGAAAAAGUUGUCUACCGCGGAUGGCGCAACGUGAUUAAACGCACCGUGCAGUUCCCCAAUGGGCAGCCCGUCUCGUUCGACGUGACGGACGCGCCGCCCGCAGUCAUCGUUUUGCCCUGGUGCUCCCGCACGAAGACCGUGACGCUUCUCAAGGAGUACUGUCCCGGGGUCAAUGAGAAAGGCAUGUUCACGCUUGUCGCGGGGCUGUAUGAGGCAAAGCACACAAGCGUUGAAGACUGCGUUCGCUGCGAGACAGAAGAAGAAGCACAGCUGCGCGGGGGGACGUUGAUUCCAGUCAUGUCUUCGGCGGACGGCAGCAUGCCGGGGGCCAAAUACACCGCGCAGCGCUUUCUGCCUUACAUUGUGAAGGACGCGACCCCGGUCUCAGAUCCGCGCCCGCUUGAUGACGACGAGAUUAUCGUCCCGGUACACGGGAUCUCCGUGGAGGAGGCCGUGUGGAUCGCCCUCCACGGCCGCAUGACCAGCACAGGCUGCAUGAUGCUCUUCCUCGCGCUGCAUAAACUCCGCGAGCUGAAGGAAAUCGAGUAG